AUGCGCCAUUACAACGUGGAUUUUAGUAAGUGAAGAAGAAUUUGACCAGACGUGGGCGCGUUAUUGGUGUACACUGUUGUUUUGGAUACGACUGAGAGCAGCCUGAGCCAUGAGCGAGUUCAGGAUCCACCACGAUGUCAACGAGUUGCUCAGCCUGCUUCAUGUGCGAGGAGGUGAUGGAGCAGAGGGCUACAUAGAUUUACUACAAAAGCACAGGACUCCUUAUGUCACCACUACAGUCUCUGCUCACAGUGCCAAGGUCAAAUUAGCUGAGUUCUCUAAGACCCCUGAGGACUUCUUGAGGAAGUAUGAGGAGCUCAAGUCCAAAAAUGCUCGCAACCUUGACCCUCUGGUCUACCUGCUCUCCAAACUCUGUGAGGAUAAAGAGACACUCCAGUUUCUGCAGCAGAAUGCCAAAGAGAGAUCAGAGUCCUCGGCAAACACAACAUCAGUCACAACCACCAGCUACACUCUGCCUCAAACCAGCACCAAGAUGUCCAUGCAGGAACUGGAUGAACUGCGAAAGAAGCUCGGCAAUGUAACAGCCAGCUCCACAGCUCCCCUGCCUGCCGAAGUCACGCGGAAGAUGCUAAGGGACAAACACAACAAGAAGAACCCCACCCAACUCAACCCGGUGUUUCCUAAUUGGGUGUACGACCGUCCUGCUCUCCUCGGAGACUUUAUUACUAGCCCCACCCUGCCAGGGGAUCCAGCUGUGGCCGUUGGUACGAUGCCUCUGGCUAUGCAGGAGCAAGCCCUGGUUGAGGACCUGCUGUUUGUCAUGAUUGGAGUUGAUGGGCGAGACAUUACUGCUCAGCCUGUACUGGGGAGGCAGAACCGCUCCUUCAUUGUAGAUUCAACUCUGGACAUGUCUAUCAAAGAGCUGGUCAACAGAAUAACACCAGUUGCAUCAUAUUAUUCUACUAUAACUCGUUUCAUUGAGGAGAAGUCAUCCUUUGAGUACGGCCAGGUGAACCACGCCCUGACCGCGGCAAUGAGGAUCCUGAUGAAGGAGUACCUGAUCCUGGUCACUCAGCUGGAGCACCUGCAGCGGCAGGGCCUAUUGUCCCUGCAGAAGCUCUGGUUCUACAUCCAGCCCACCAUGAGGACCAUGGAGAUACUGGCCUCUAUCGCUUCCUCAGUGGACAAAGGAGAGUGUAUGGGCGGGUCAACACUGAGCCUUCUCCACGACCGAACUUUCAACUACACUGGUGACAGCCAGGCUCAGGAGCUGUGCCUCUACCUCACUAAAGCAGCCAGUGUCCCUUACUUUGAAAUAUUGGAGAAAUGGGUCUACAGGGGCAUCAUCAAGGAUCCAUACAGUGAGUUCAUGGUUGAGGAACAUGAGUUACAGAAAGAGAAGAUUCAGGAGGACUACAACGACAAGUACUGGGAUCAGAGAUACACCAUCGUACAGCAUCGGAUUCCCUCCUUUCUACAGAAAAUGGCAGUCAAAAUAUUAAGCACAGGAAAAUACCUGAAUGUCGUGCGGGAGUGUGGCCGUGACGUGACGUGUCCUGAUGCUAAGGAGGUCCUGUACACACUGAAGGAGAGGGCCUACGUGGAGCAGAUAGAGAAAGCCUACAAUUAUGCCAGCAAAGUGCUGCUGGACUUUCUCAUGGAAGAGAAGGAGCUGGUUUCACGCCUGAGAUCCAUCAAACACUACUUUUUGAUGGACAAAGGCGAUUUCUUUGUGCACUUCAUGGACCUGACGGAGGAAGAGCUGAAGAAGCCGGUGGAUGACAUUGUUCCUCCCAGACUAGAAGCCCUCCUGGAGCUGGCUCUGAGGAUGAGCACUGCCAACACAGACCCCUUCAAAGAUGAUCUCAAGAUCGACUUGAUGCCUCAUGAUGUCAUCACUCAGCUGCUGCGGGUGCUGGCCAUCGAGACCAAACAAGAAAAGGCCAUCAUCAACGCAGACCCAACAGACGUGGCCCACAGUGGCCUGGAGGCCUUCUCCUUCGACUACAUCGUCAAAUGGCCACUCUCGCUCAUCAUCAACAGGAAAGCACUGACGAGGUACCAGAUGUUGUUCCGACACAUGUUUUAUUGUAAACAUGUUGAGAGGCUGCUGUGCAACGUAUGGGUCAGCAACAAAGAUUUCAAACAGUACUCCUUACAUUCUGCAAAAUGGUUUGCUACUGCAUUUGCCCUCCGACAGCGCAUGCUCAACUUUGUGCAGAACAUCCAGUACUACAUGAUGUUUGAGGUGAUGGAGCCGACCUGGCACAUCAUGGAGAACAACCUGAAAACAGCGUCAAACAUUGACGACGUGCUUUGCCAUCACACCAGCUUUCUGGACAACUGUCUGAAGGACUGCAUGCUGACCAAUCCCGAGCUGCUCAGAAUCUUCUCCAAGCUCAUGUCUGUCUGCGUCAUGUUCACAAACUGCAUGCAGCGAUUCACACAGAGCAUGAGGUUGGAGCGUCAGUCUCUGGAGCAGGGGACUAUGGAUGGGCCUCCCACUCAGAGCGAACAUGCUGAGGAGGCAGAGAAGAUGAGGCUGACCACAAAGUUUUUAGCUGAGCAUGUGGAUGCCCUGCAGUCAGAUGCAGGCUUGGAAGCCACCAUUAGCAAGUUUGACAGUAACUUCAGCAUGCUGCUGCUGGACCUGCUGGACAAGCUGAGCAUCUACAGCACCAAUGACUGUGAGCACAGCAUGAUCAGCAUCAUCUACAGGCUGGAUUUCAAUGGAUUCUACACUGAGCGCCUGGAGAGGAUGGCCAUAGAGCGGAGUCAGAAAGCAGCAGCAUAGCCUCUGUGUGUACAGACCCAGACCCACCCGGCCAUAAAGACGUCCUGUACUCGAGCAACUGACCAUAUCAUUACCAACCACACACCAGCUGGUGAUUCACAGAGCUCAGACUUCAGUGUGUGUAUAUUAAAUAUCAUGUACUAUAUGAAUGUAGUUACAGUUUGAUGUUUUUGUCAUUUCAAUGCUUCAAAUGUAACUUUAAAGAUCAGGAACUAAUAUGUUUAUUAGUUGCUGAUCUAAUAUGUUGUCAUGAAACCCCUUAUGAGUAACUUAUUGUACCUUACAGUCAAAAUGUAUGUUUGCAUUUCAUUAAAACAAGGCUUUACUAAAUUAGA